AUGUUUACAGGUCCCCGUCUAGCUUUCCUUUCGAGGCAAAGCGUAUCAAAGCUGGGAAUGCGUCGGUCGCUGUCCGCUACUGGUCCGGCUGCGUCCGGGGCUGCGGCCGAGUACGCGCAAAAGCAUACCAAGUCCAAGGGUGAUCCGAUUUCUGAAGACCUGGCGGCCACAUCCUCUGCUCUGCAGACCCUGGCAGCCCGUUUGCACCUCAAGGACAUUCCGUACAGCACGCUCGCGCGAACUUUAAUCACCGAUACUAGCGGGUCACGAUUCGCAAACAACAGUGGCCUAGCCGGCUUUGGAAAGUCGCUCCUCGCCUUUUACACAUACGAACACUUCAUGAUCAACUACCCGCGGCUGCCUCAGCGUGUUCUCCGUCAUGCUGUCGAUGUCUACACGGCACCUCGGGCGCUGGCUGAGGUCGCAAAGCUCUGGGGUGUGCAGUCAGAAACCCGCACCCCGUUCGCCCGGUACCUUGCUAACGUCAAAGACGAGAGCGUGCUGGGCCGCUUGGCUUACAUCGAUGCCGUUGAGGCCGUCGAGCCCGGUGUCACCAAAAUCACAGACUCUAAAACCACCAUGCAUGCCGACGUGGCCAUGGCUACUUUCAUCAGAGCCCUGGUUGCCGCUGUCUAUGCUCACCGCGGUUUGGACGGCGCCCGGGACUUCAUCCACCAAUACCUGAUUAAACCCCGGAAACUCGACCUGCAGUCUAUUAUUUCAAUUUCUCGCCCAACCCGCGAGCUGGCCGUUCUGUGUUCCCGCGAAGGUCUGGAGGCUCCGGUUAGCCGCCUCAUGGCCGAGUCCGGUCGCUAUUCAAACACCCCCGUGUUUGUUGUCGGUGUGUUCUCCGGCCAGUCAAAGCUUGGCGAGGGCCAAGGCUCUUCCCUUAAAGAGGCUCGCACCCGUGCUGCUGUCAACGCUCUUCAGGCAUGGUACCUCUACUCCCCUAUCGACCCCACUGCUCCCUCAGCAGCACCCGCCGCCGAGUACAAGCCGCAGCCUUACGUCGAUGGUGGUGAGAUUGUCAUUUAA